GAAGACAGAACAAAUUGAAAUACAAUUUUCUUCUGGGUUUUCCUCAUCUGUAUGUCUUAUCUUGGUUUCGAGGAUAAUUUGAAAAUGGGUGUGAAAAUUUUUCAUCAUUUGAAUACAUCUAUAUGUCGUUUUUGAAUAAAAUAAAAUUCACAUUAACUGAGAGUGUUAUAAUUUUCUGAAUAAUUAGCUCGAUUUGAGGGGAAAAAAAAUCAAAAUUCUAAUUGUAGGGUGUUUUUUACUCAUUUAAAGGCAAAUGCAGGUGCAGGAGGAACGUUUUUUAGUCUUUAUACAGAUAUGAGGACAUCCAUUCAAUCAAUGUUCCUAAAUAUAGAUUUGGACUAUGGACCCAAACCCUACCCUACAUUGCUGGCUUCCAGGCUUGCAGAAGCAUUGGUAAAGAAUAAUCUCAACGGCCCUGAUGUGGUGGCUCCAGAUGUAAUACACCUUUGGGUGUCUCUUUUGAAGUUCUCAAAAUAUAUAACCGUUGCACAAGCCCAUCAUCAUCAUUUUCUCCUCUCAAAACCACCUUUUAAAUCACAGAGAGUCAGAAUCCAGGCAAGAGGCUGAUAUCAUCCACCAUGACUGUUGAGAUUAAAGCCCAAGAAACCCAAAUUGCUGAUGUUGUAAUUUCUCAAUCAGAGCCUGCAAAGGUUGAGGAAGAGACCAAGGAAGUUGUUUGCAAAAAUGCCGAAGAGAAGAAGGUGGAUGAGCCCCAACACAAAGCGGUUGAGAGGAGUCAUUCUUUCAAGGAGGAGAGCUACUUUUUCUCAGAUCUGAAGGAGCCUGAGAGGAAGGCUUUGGUUGAGCUGAAAUCCAAACUAGAAGAAGCGAUCCUUGGUAAUAGUCUGUUUAGCAAAGAGGAGAAGAAAACAAAUGAAGAAUCAUUGGAUGAAGGUGAAGGGGGCAUCAAAUCUGAAAAGCAGGAUGAAUUGAAUUCUGAAGGAGAUGGCAAGGAGGAAACAGCAGAAGAAGGUGCAGAAGAAAAGAAACCCAAUGAGCAAUCUGAAGAAACAGCCGUUGUGGUUAAAACCAUAGAAGAUGGGAAAGAGAAGAAGUGUGAUGUAGAUGUGAAAGAGAAGAAGUCAGAUGUAGAGGUGGAAGAGAAGAGCUUUGCUGAAGUUGACAGGGAUAUAUCCCUCUGGGGUGUACCCUUAUUGCCUAGUAAGGGCACGGAGGGCACCGAUGUUAUCCUCCUCAAGUUCCUGAGAGCUAGAGAAUUCAAGGUCAAUGAGGCCUUUGAGAUGCUAAAAAAGACCCUGCAAUGGAGGAAGGACUUUAAAAUCAAUUCAGUCUUAGAUGAGGACUUGGGUGCUGAUCUUGUCUCCAGCGGUUACAUGUCCGGUUCCGAUCAUGAAGGCCACCCUGUUUGCUACAAUGUCUAUGGGGUGUUUGAUAAUGAACAGCUUUAUAAGAAGGCAUUCGGGACUGAUGAACAGCGCUUGAGGUUCUUGAGAUGGAGGUUGCAGUUCAUGGAGAAGGGAAUACAGAACCUCAAUCUCAAACCUGGUGGUGUCUGUUCAUUGCUCCAAAUCAAUGAUCUCAAGAAUUCCCCUGGACUGUCAAGAAAGGAGCUCCGCAUCACCCUGAAGCAACUUCUUGGGCUUCUCCAAGACAAUUAUCCUGAGUUUGUUGCCAGAAAUGUAUUCAUUAAUGUUCCAUUCUGGUAUUAUGCAUUGCAUUCUCUCUUUUCUCCUUUCUUAGCCCAAAGAACCAAGAGCAAAUUUGUGUUUGCUCGCCCAUCCAAGGUCACCAAAACCUUGCUGAAGUACAUUCCAGCCACUGAAAUUCCUGUGCAGUAUGGUGGGUUCAAGCGGGAGAAUGAUUCGGAGUUCUCCAUUGAAGACGGUGGGGUAUUGGGACUUGCUGUCAAGGCAGGAUCAGACCAAACAAUCGAGAUACCUGCACCCGAGGCUGGAACCACACUCAUUUGGGAUCUCACUGUCUUGGGUUGGGAAGUGAAUUACAAGGAGGAAUUUGUACCGGCCAAUGAGGAAUCUUAUACCAUCAUUGUUCAGAAGUCGAAGAAGAUGGGCUCGCAUGAAGCACCCGUUCGCAACACUUUCAGGAACGAUGAGCCUGGAAAAGUUGUCAUUACUAUACAUAAUGGGUCAAUCGAGAAGAAGAGGAUCCUGUAUCGGUACAAGAUCAAGAGGAGCCUUUGAUUUUGAUAUUUUGCACAUAACUUUAUGAUGUUUCUACCGCCAUUAAAUUGUAUCUCAUCAGGCUUUUAGUAUGGCAGUGUGAGGAAGAUGAGGCAUGUAUGUGAAAGAAGAGUGCUCUGUCAUAUUAAGUUGUUUUAUCUCAUUCUUUUUGGUUCGGUAUAACUUCAUUCUUUGGGCAGGAUCGUCGUUGAUUAAUUUUUGAAUCUGCUGUUAGUUUUUCCUGUUGCAAAUUAACUUGUUGGAACUGGAGAAUUUUUCUUCUUGUUUGACAUUUGUUUCUAUUCAUUGAUUUAAUUUGGCAUGUUU